AUGGCAACGGAGGCCGAGCGUGGUGUCCCACCAGUCCUUGGUGAUGAGGCACUACCACCACGGCAAGACACCUCAAUCACACCAGGACCUGAGGGAGAGAUAUCAUCAUUUCUAUCGGCGAGUCUUGGUUCUACAUUCACCUUGAUUCUCGGAGCUGACCGACAUCCGUGGAUUCAUCCUUAACCGCGCCACUUCAGCCGGAAGCUUUCGACUUCGUCUCGAGUUCAGAUGCAUUCGCUCGAGCUUCGGCUCAGAAUCGGCCGACCCGGCGGACUUCGCAUUCAGACUCUGAUAAGCAGCCUACAAAGCAAAGGAGCGCACGACUUACGUUCCCCCUCGGACCUCGGUCAUCUGUCAGCUCGUCGACCGCAGGGAGUGCCUCAACCCCCCCGGGCAUCUCGGCAGGGCAACCUCGUGCAGGGGACUGCAACAGUACCGGAAACGAUCCUCUGAUUGCAAGCACGGAUACAAAAGAGCAGAGUCAAGCAUCCUCGAUAGCGUCGGCCUCACCCGCGACACCGUCUGCCCGUAAUACAAGCGAGUCCGAGGCGGUUUUCGCCAGUCUCGAGGACGACCAUGAAGUCAUCGCUAAUAUCAAACCCAUGGGCCUCAAAGUGCGGCGGUCGUCUGCCUCGUCGCAGUCUUCUAAUUCGAGCUGGCCUUCGACGAUCGGAUCUCUGAUGUCGCCCACCGCCGACUCAGCGUCUCGGCGCUCCGUAUUUCCGCUCCGAAAUCCACCUCCUUCGAAGCACAAGAAAAGCGUUCGGGCGUCCGUGGUGUUGAGCGAGUCGGAACUUUCUCUCCCUGGUCCCUCAUCAGAACAAAUCGAGUCUGGAGAUCGUGCUUCGGCGGCCACCGCUACAUUUCCACUCCUGUCGCCGAGGUAUCUGUCAUCGCCCUCCCCGCCGGCGUCCGUAGCUUCCUCGAAUCGAUCCAGCACCCACGCGUCACUGCCUCACAGACCACCGUCAAAGGAUCCUACGCCCACGAGCUCGACUUUCACAUCCUCCCUACGCGUCAACCCAUCCGCACCCUCUUUCCGGGGUUUCCCCAGUUCUACCUCUUCCCCUUACCAGUCAUCUCCAUAUCUUUCAACUCCAGCGGGCCAAGCGGGCCCCCAGUCGAUAUUUGCGACCCCUGUCGGCCACAAGCCCAAAGUAGGUAUGUCCCGCCUUUUUGCCGCCGCGACGUCAAAAAAACAACCCAAGGCAGCUCCGCUCGGUCGUGGAACGUCUACAGUAUUCUAGACUCGGCAUUGGCGAGUUCUUAAACAUAUCAUCGACCGCCGGCGAAGGGGACUUUUUCGACGAGGGCGGCAUCGAUUUUCUCCACCUCAUCGACGACGGGAUUUGGACCCGCAAGAAGUACUUAUGCUAGCAGUAUCGCCACUUUUGAAACGGCACAGGAUUCGUAUCCGCCGGACUCGUCGCAGACCGUCGCUCCCAAGAGGGAGGACGAGGAGGACGCCGCAUCGCGUUUAGAAGGAUUGAGCAUAAAAAUAUAG